UCAUGGCUCAAGUUUGUGUCCUUGAAGCAAAGGUGCAACUCAAAUCAUGUCCUGAAAAGUUCUAUAACUUUCUCAAGAGCCAAAACCAGCACAUUCCAAAUAAUGCACACAGCGAAAACAUGCAUGGUGUUGAGAUUCAUGAAGGCGAUUGGGAGACUUCUGGCUCUGUCAAGCUUUGGAAGUAUAGCUUAGAAGGAAAAGAGGAGAUAUUCAAGGAAAGGAUUGAAGUGGAUGAAAUAAACAAGACUAUAACUUAUGUUGCAGUGGGAGGGAAUGUUUUGGAGUUGUACAAAAAUUACAAGGCCAUCGUGAAGGUUGAGAAUAUUGGAAUAUUGAAAUUGAGAUUAGAAUAUGAGAAGCUUAAUGACGACAUCCCACCUCCAAAGAAAUACCAGCAGUUUAUCAUUAAUAUUGUUAAAGACAUUGAUGCAAUCUUAGUCAAAGGUUAA